AUGAACAGAGAAGAAGAAUACAAGGUAGAAGACAUCACUGAUGCAGAAGAGAGAAAUGGGAAGUGGUUCUUCAGGGUCAAAUGGAAGGGCUACAGAUCAGAAGAGAAUACCUGGGAACCUUGGGAACCUUGGGAAAACUUGAAAAAUGCAGGGAAACUUUUGAAGAAGUACAAAGAGCAAAUGAAGAAGAAGGCCCUUGGUGCUGCCAAGGCCCUUAAGGGGGGAGCAGUGUUGUAG